GAGAUUUUUUUUUGUUUAUUUUCGUGGCUAACUAGCUAGUAAAACGCGUUGUUGUUAGCAUUUAUAUUUCCCCCUCACAUUAUCAGUAAAGUAUAAGAAGUCGAACAUAUAAAGGAGUGCGAGUUUAGCGAGUAUUACACUGAAACAUUUGACGAGGCUUUUAGGUUUGGGUCCAUCACAGAAGACCAUCGCAAGCUAGGCGUGAAGUUGAUGAAGGUUAGCGUGUGCUAGCAAGCUAGCCGAAAUAACGCUAAGGCAAGCUAGUUAACGCUGGCACUUCGUAGAUAAAGUAAACCACAUAUUAUCUCCUGCCGCCACGAACAAGGCUACAGCUCGGUGGUAUCACUGUUGCUAAAUUUGGGCAACAGUGGCUCGACAGUAACUUUACCUUCUCAUUUCUUCUGGUAAAGGCAAAGAGGACACAGCUGGAAAGCCUCCCCAAGGUUGAAACCUAAGGAGCAAGAUGUCAAUCACAAGCACCCCCACGAGUAAUGAUGCCUGCUUGAGCAUUGUGCACAGCCUCAUGUGCCACCGUCAGGGAGGAGAGAGCGAAAGCUUCGCUAAGCGAGCUAUCGAGAGCCUCGUCAAGAAGCUCAAGGAGAAGAAAGAUGAGCUGGAUUCCCUCAUUACAGCCAUUACUACAAAUGGAGCUCAUCCUAGCAAGUGUGUCACCAUACAGCGGACUUUGGAUGGACGCCUACAGGUGGCGGGGCGGAAAGGGUUUCCCCACGUUGUCUAUGCCAGAUUAUGGCGAUGGCCUGAUCUACACAAGAAUGAGCUAAAACAUGUGAAAUAUUGCCAGUAUGCGUUUGACCUGAAGUGUGACAAUGUUUGUGUCAACCCAUACCACUACGAGAGGGUUGUGUCUCCUGGAAUUGACCUAUCAGGACUGACCCUCUCAAGUUCAGGUCCACUCUUAGUAAAGGAUGAGUAUGACUACGAUAACCAGCCAUCUCACUCCAGCUCUGAAAACCACCUGCCGACGAUCCAGCAUCCACCGUCGAGGCCGGGCCCACAGGAAACAUUCAACAGCCCUGCUCUACUUCCCCCAUCAGAGGGCAGCAGUUCAGCUUCUACUUCUGCUUUCUCGACCAUUAGUGCCGGACCCUCAAAUCCUACCCCGAACUGGAGCAGAAACCCCAGCUUCACCCCAGCGGUGCCUCAGCACCAGAACGGGCACCUACAGCAUCAUCCGCCCAUGCCUCACACAGGGCAUUACUGGCCUGUUACCAAUGAAAUUGCAUUCCAGCCACCCAUAUCCAACCACCCUGCUCCAGAAUACUGGUGUUCGAUUGCAUACUUUGAGAUGGAUGUCCAAGUUGGGGAGACGUUUAAAGUUCCAUCCACAUGUCCAAUAGUGACUGUGGAUGGCUAUGUCGAUCCAUCAGGAGGAGAUCGCUUCUGCUUGGGUCAGCUGAGCAAUGUCCACAGGACGGAGAACAUAGAGAGAGCCAGGCUCCACAUCGGCAAAGGCGUGCAGCUGGAGUGCAAAGGUGAAGGAGAUGUCUGGGUGCGCUGUCUGAGUGAUCACGCAGUGUUUGUGCAGAGCUAUUAUCUGGACCGAGAGGCUGGACGCGCGCCUGGCGACGCAGUUCACAAGAUCUACCCCAGUGCUUACAUUAAGGUGUUUGAUUUGCGUCAGUGCCACAGGCAGAUGCAGCAGCAGGCAGCGACGGCUCAGGCAGCAGCUGCAGCGCAAGCAGCUGCAGUUGCUGGGAAUAUUCCAGGUCCAGGCUCCGUGGGAGGCAUCGCCCCUGCGAUCAGUCUGUCAGCUGCUGCAGGCAUUGGGGUCGAUGACCUGCGCAGGCUGUGCAUCCUCCGGAUGAGCUUUGUGAAGGGCUGGGGGCCGGACUACCCACGGCAAAGCAUUAAAGAGACACCGUGUUGGAUUGAGAUCCAUUUACACCGAGCCCUGCAACUACUGGAUGAAGUUCUGCACACCAUGCCCAUAGCUGACCCUCAACCUCUUGACUGAGUUAAACCAUAUGAACUGUAUUAGGAAAAAACUAAAAAACUAAAUAAAUGAAAAAUAACAGUUAAAAACAGAAGAAAAACAAAUCAGACUCUACUCUUAAGAGAAAAACUCCAGCUAUAAGCCUGGAGUGCCAAAGGAGGACUGCAAACACAGGGAUGGUUAAUAGUUUCUAGGAGUAGGAAGGAGGACAUGAAGGCCAGCAGUAUACUCCAAAACACACUUCUUUAAAAAUCCAGCGCUGCAAGCAGUUUCCAGAAUUCUGAGAGACUCCAGGUUUGCAGUUUCAGUGACUUCCAAACAGCUGGAGGAACAUGUGAGUCACACUGGGAGGACUGGCAGCGCAGUGGAAGAGGACGGCCAUGAAAAAGGAAGCUGAUUGUUUACUAAGCGAGGCUGCUUAACAUCAAACGAACACGGCCUGUGCCUCUCUAACCUCAAGGCUGAGGUUACAAAAACACUCAAGGUACAAUGAUAAGAAUUAAAGAAAAUAUUUUCACUGAGAAUAUUAAUGCAGCAUUAGUGUUGAUGCUGUGCGAAGCCAAUUCAUCCAUUUUCUUGCGUAAAUUAUUUAUUGAAAUAUUUGGCUCUCAAAUGAUUUAGGUGUUUGAUCCCAGCUCAUCCCAAAUGUGAUUUCAGCUGGAGUAUACGGCCGGUCCAGUCCUCCUCUUAUGGCUCUCUUAUACGGCUUCAUGUACACGGAGUUGUUUCCCCCUCACAGAUCAGGCCAUUAAUGUAAAAUUAUGUUAUACAUUACCCAUGCUCUCGUAAACUGUAAUCUUGCUUAUUUUUCCAGUGCUGGCAGUCCUUGUUUGAUGUGCUAUGAUUUAUAUUCUCCUUUUGAAUAUUUCUUUUUGUAAUAACAGAGCAUUUUGAAAAGCCCAUUUUAGAUGAACUCGGUUUCUCUUUCAACGCCAUAAAACCUUCCUUUUUUUCACAACCAGUCAAGGCUGUUCUAACCCAGAGAAAGUAAUGGCUUCGACUGAAAAUUUUCAAAGCCAAACUUUCAUUGAAAUUAGGAAAUGGUAAAAAUAAAAAUCUCACGCCUGUGUUGAUAUGUUACUGUAUUUCUUUUACUAGCUUAGUGUCCUUUAGCACUUUAUUAAUUUGUAAUUAAUUUGUCUUCUUCAUAGUCUCAUUUGUGGUUACUUGUGGUAAUCAUAUAAUCUGUUAGCAUAGCUGAAGGGUUUUCAUUGCAAACUACUUGCGGUUUAUAUGCUAUCUGCCCAAAAUCUGUUUUUACUUUCAAACACUCACCCGCAGCAGGUGUGACUGGUGUAUUUGGCUGACUUCAAUACUUUAGAGACACUUUAGGUGGAGUAUUUCUUUAAGAUGGCUCACAAUUACCCAUUUUUAAAUUAACAUAUUCUAGCUGAGUAACUGAGGGGUGAACUGUGAGAGGAAGUGUAAGCCAUAUUGAUGCCAAAAAAAGCGAAAAGGUUAUUGGACCGUAGUCAUUUCAGUAUUAUGUCGCUUGUACAAGCUUGGUUUUAAUGAUCAGAACCAUUCUAGUUUUGUUCAGCACUAUUGAUCAAACAAUAUUUUUGUUAUCUGGAGCUCUGUUUACCUACAGCUGUUGCAGUAUUUUAUACUCUUUUUGCUACUUUUACAGUGAUGAACCACCCGUUCUGAAAAAUGAUUUAAAAAAAAAAGUGUACAAUUUUCAAGAAAUGCAACUUCAUGCUUUUCUUUACAAUUCUGUCAUACAAUCUGAAUACAUACAGAGUUCGAAUGCUAUUGAUGUUUAUAUGUAUGCAUAUGGUUGAAUAAAAUUUAAUGGGCAUCG